AUGGCAAACUCGAUCGUAUCCGAUCCCGGCCUCGUGUCCCUGCUAGAGGCGGCUAUCGAGGCACGGGAGCAAGCCUUGGCGCUUGUCAACUUGGCUGCAGAGAACGCCGCAUCGACAGAACUGCCCCCGCCUGGGGAUACGGCUACGCGAAACGACCGCCUUAUCGAGAUCUCCCAGCAGCAGAAGCGGCUGACAGCCAACAUCGCACAGCUGCGGAGCCUACACCGGGCGGCUUGCUUCACUGCACGCGACACCAAAGCCCAGACAGCGGAGGCACGGCAAGAGGUGGACAGACUGCAUCUCCAGCUUCAGAACCUUUAUUACGAGCAGCGGCACCUCCAGGGCGAGAUUUCCGCCUGCGAAAACUAUGAUCACUCGUACAAGCAUCUGCCCCUCAUCUCCGUGGAGGAGUUUCUGGAAGCGCAGCCGGAGCAUGCGGACGAUGACGAGGUCGCUCUGAUGACAGCACGGAUUGCGCAUGAGAAGCAGGAGCGCGAGGCUCUCGAGCAGCAGCGGAACGAGCUUCUGAAGAGGAAGCUUAAGCUGAUUGCCGAGAACAAAAAGCGGAAAGAGGAUUUGGCCAAUCUGGAUAAGGAUCUGGAGAAGUUCAUCGAUGCUGCCAAGCCCAUUCAGAACCUCUUCGACAAGAACGCUUAG